GGCAGUAUUUUAUUUGAACUUUUUUAAGGUUAUGUUGUUUACUUGGUACUCGUAGACAAAACAAAACAACCAUCUGGUAAAAUUCUUAUAGCUGUUAAAAUAUAAAUUAAUAGUUUCCACCAAGACUGAAAAAAUAUGCAGAAAAAUCGAUUCUUCCUGUACGCUGGUGGUAUAUUUUUGACCUAUUUUUACUUCGGUAUUCUACAAGAGAAAAUAACCAGGGGCAAGUAUCCUUCUGAAGUUUUAAAUGAAGAUGGUACUAAAACCGUCGAAUAUGAAAAGUUCACGUAUACAUUGGUUCUGGUAUUUGUUCAAUGUGCUGUUAACUACGUAGUAGCGAAAACUGCUGCUACUUUGUGGCCUCAAGGUGAAGAUUCAACGAAGAGUUUGUAUUAUGUCAGUAUGUCCGUAACUUACUUACUUGCCAUGAUUGGUUCUAACAUGGCAUUACGGUGGGUACCCUAUCCAACCCAAGUCGUAGGAAAAUCCGCUAAGCCUAUACCAGUAAUGUUACUUGGAGUUUUAGUGGGAAGAAAAAGUUAUCCAUUGAAAAAAUACGUUUUCGUAUUUUUGAUAGUAUUGGGUAUAGUACUUUUUAUGUUAAAGGAUAAAGCAUCAAAUCAGAUACAAGAUACCAGUUUUGGAGUUGGCGAGCUACUUUUAGUGUUAUCUCUAAUAAUGGAUGGUUUAACAGGAGCUGUACAGGAGAGGAUACGAGCAGAGUCGAAACCAACUGGAAUCCAAAUGAUGGUAGUUGCAAAUGCUUGGUGCACUCUAUUUUUAGGAAUCACCUUGUUAAUUUCCAGCGAAUAUAUUUAUUUUUACGCGUUUGCAGUUAAAUAUCCGUCCGUUUUAACAAAUCUUUUCCUGCUCGGUUUGACGUCUGCAGUAGGGCAGUUGUUCCUAUAUUCAAUGGUAUCAGAAUUUGGACCGUUGGUGGUAUCCGUUGUGACUACGACUAGAAAAUUUUUUACUGUCCUAGCAUCGGUUUUAUUCUUUGGCAAUGUAAUUUCUGGCAGACAGUGGAUUGGAGCCGUUGUUGUUUUCGCAGCGUUGUUUUUGGAUGCUUAUUAUUCAAAAUCUCAACCAAAGAAAAAAUGACUCUUUUAAUAGGCACAUUCCAUUUUUUCUUGUUAAUUCAAUUUGACAUUGAACAAUAUAUUGUAUAUAAAGAUUUAUUAUUUACAAUAGGAUCUGAAAUAAGCUAAACAAAUAUACACGUUAAAAUUUA